AUUGAAUUGAAUUAUUCCGUGGUUUUAUGUCCUUGAAUUUUAAAUAUUUGAUUUAAGGUGACGGUUACAUCCAUUGGUAAUAUUUUUGUUCGGUCGGUGCAUCAUUUCGUUGUUAAAGAUAAUCUACCAACAUGAGUGAAAAAGAAUGUUCUGAAAGUAUAAAUUGUAAAUUGUCGAUCAACGAUUUAGAAGAAUUAGAUACGUCAAUGCUUCAGGACCAUCCGUGGGCACUGACACUUUUGCAAAACAUUCAGGACACAACGCAGAAAUAUUUCUUGAAUUGGUGCAAGAUUGUUUUCAAACUUGGUUUAAACUCUGACUGUGUGAAAAAGUGGAGCCAAAUUUAUGUGGAGCAGAUUGAAGGAACAUAUUCGGAUAUGUUGAUGGAAAUAGUGGAUCUGCAAACAAAAACUAUUAAUAAAAUAGAACAUUUACUCUGCCAGCUCGAGAAGCUCUGUUUAGACUUAAAUGAAAAACUACCCCCAAGAAUUGGUGCUGAUGGCUUAGGUUUAUUUGAGGAACAAAAACAACUACAAAAGAAAAUAGAUGAAUAUCAAAGUAUAAUGGAAGCCAGGAAAAAGGAACUGGAUGAUCUUCGCAAUAAACAACUUGAAUUUUGCAAGAGUCUUGGAAAGGAACCAAAAAUAAUUUUGCAAUAUCCUCCUUUGCCAACUCAAUCUAAAAUAGAAGAAUUUCAGAGACACAUUGAUCAACUUCAAUUAGAAAUAUUUGAAAGACACGAAAGGUUCUUUAAAUUAAAAGAGGAAAUUAUCAAGAUGGUGUCAGAAUUAAAUUAUAAGCCCAACUCUGAUUUUGAACAACAAACUCUUUUGUCUGACACUUUUUUGGUGACUAAAGAGAACAUGCAAAAUUUAGAGUAUUUCCACAAUUCUCUGAAGGAACUUUUGAAAAGCACAGAUGAAGAAGUUGCUCAUCUCAGACUAAGGAUUGAAGAAUUGUGGAGAAUGUUAGAGAUUGACAUGAUAGAUCAGGAUGAGUUCAGAACUCAUUAUACGGGCAGAUCUUUGGAUACUUUGAAAGCACUAAGACUUGAAGUAAAAAGGUGUGAAGAAUUGAGGAAAGCUAACUUAAAGGUGUUUGUAGAUAAGCUUCGUGAUGACUUAAAAGAAAUAUGGGAAAAAUGUCAUUGCUCGUCAGAAGAAAGGGGUAACUUUCACUACCUUAACAGUGAUUGUUAUACGGAGGAUCUCUUGGAGUUGCAUGAUUUGGAGAUUUGUAAAUGGAGAAGUUAUUAUGAAGAAAACAAGAGACUUCUAAGUCUUAUAGAAAAACAUAAGGAAUUAUGGGAAAGGGUAGUUGAAUUGGAAGAUAAUGCCACUGGGCCUGAUAGAUACAAAAAUAGGGGCGGAAGAUUAUUGCAAGAAGAGAAAGAACGUAAUAAACUUUCAAAAAUGAUUCCGAAAAUUGAAGAAGAAAUUGCAGAACUUGCAGACAAUUACCAAUCGCGAAAUAAUGGUACAGAAUUUAGAACUUAUGGUUCUACCGUACAAAAUUAUAUAUCAAAUAUUCAUACUGAAAGAGAAAAUCUCAAGAAGCAAAAAUUAAGUGCCCGAAAACUUAAUCGUGAAAAUACGAUGACGACUUGCGUGACUCCUGGUAAAUCUGCUGUCAACUUGUUCCCUUCAACAAGCACUGCCAUUACACCAAUGUCGUCAUGUAAACGCAAAAUUUUAGUGACACCCAAUACUGAUAUUAAGAAACCGAAAUUACAAAACACUCCUAAAACGCAGAACAGUUGUCAGAAGCAUAAAAUACCAAGUAUUAAAAUUACGUAUGCAAUAACGUCUAGUCGUCAAAAGCGUCAAUCGAACGAGAAAAAAAGGAGGAUAAGUGGCCUAAGGAGAAAGUCCAGAAACUCUCUAAACCGAGCUGUUAAUAAAAUUAAAACAUCUGAAACCACAGCUAACACCACUUAUAGUGAAUUUCAGAACGACCUGUCGAGUAGCGAUAGAAAACGAAGCACCAUUCUUCCUGAAGAACUGCUAGCCCAACCAGGAUGUUCUAAAAAAUUUGAUACUCCACGUAAGACACCGUUAAGAGUUCCUUUAAAUAACAAUGGUCAGCAACAUGUUACUCCAAAAAGUCCCCAUGGCACUGUAAAAUUAAGUGCUUGCAGAAGUAAUUUAAAUUUAUUUUUUUGAACAUCGAAAUCUAAAAAAAUAUUCUAGGAUUCUUUUAUUUAAUUAUUCUCAUUAAAAGGAGUUUUUCUAUGGAAUUGAGUAAGUAAUUAAAAUAUCACUGCUUUUAAUUGUCGCCAUUGAAGAUAAUAUUUUCUUGAUUGCCAAAUAUGAAUUCUGUUUUUUUUUUUUCAUAGUACUUCUGAAGAAAAUUUUUGUUCUUCCAAUGAGGUCGCUCCCAUAUAAAAAAAAAUAAAAAUAAAUUUUGUGUUGCAAUAUUGCUGUGGUAUGUAUGUAUAUUGUAUAUUUUGAUGUUUUGUAUUUUGUUAGUUUUUUACAUUUAAAAUAUCACAAUCAAAUGGUAAUAUGCUUACGUAACGCACUGUAAAUUAAAGUAGAGUGUAUACCUGUUUAUUUUAAGUCAGUAUUUUAUUUUCUAACAAUAUCUAAUAAAUAUUUUUAAUAAUACGCUUUGUGGUUGAGGUGCGUUUUUUUUUAAUCUGAUGAUGUUAAUUAUUCGUGUCUAACACGCUUUCAGA